UAAUCUUUACAAAUCUCAGCCGCCGUAUCUCCGUUAAUCAUUCUCCUCUUUCGCCGCCGUCACUGCCGCCGUCUUCUCCCCCUUUAUCCCCAUUCAUACACACAUUUUCGUGCCUUUUUAGGAGCAAUAAUAAUAUUUUUUUUGUAUUACGAAAAUGAUGAGAGUAAUUAUCUUUGAAUAUAUCCAAAUUAUAUUUCAAAGCUCCGAUUUUCGCGGGAAAAACCGACACUUCAACAAAUUCAGAUAAAUCCACAAUUUUCUCCUUAGGAAGAAUUACAGUGAAAAAAAAUUCAAUAAUAAUCUCAAAAGCAAAAAAAAUGCAUUCUCUUUGUUGUAACACCGACGUAGCUGAUCAGAACACGGCGGCAGCAAUGCCGGCGACUACAUCCUCUCCCUCAAAUAAUAUACCACUAGCCAAAUUCCUCGAUAUGCAACCGCCGCGAUCACCUCCUUUCAAUAACGGUGAAACCGAAUUCUCCGGCGAUCAACUCCGCCCGUCCAGCACGACGUCGUCGGAAUUUCAUUCGGCGAGGAUGAAUGAUAUCAAUGUAGGCAAUGGCAUUUCGGGAAUUUUAUAUAAAUGGGUGAAUUACGGAAGAGGAUGGAGGCCGCGGUGGUUUGUUUUACACGACGGCGUUCUUUCGUAUUACAAAAUUCAUGGACGGCAUAAGAUUGUGACGAAUUUAGAAACGGAAAAAGGAUCGAUGAUCGUUGGGCAAAAGUCAUUUCGGAGGAUAAAUACUUCGCCGAUGAGCAGCUCUUCACGAUCUCACCGGCGAAAACCGUUUGGAGAAAUCCACCUCAAGGUCUCAUCAGUAAGGGAAAGUCGAUCAGAUGACCGAAGGUUUUCUAUAAAUACUGGCACAAAGAGGCUGCAUUUGAAGGCAGAAACAAGGGAGGAUCGACAUACUUGGUUGGAGGCAUUGGUUGCGGCCAAGAAGAUGUUUCCAACAAGCGAUCCUGUUCUUGAGACUCAAAUGAAUGAGAAUGUGGUUGUAUCAACUGAAAAGUUGAGGCAACGACUCUUGGAGGAUGGUGUAAGUGAGGUUGUGAUUCGGGACAGCGAGCAGAUUAUGAGGAAUGAAUUUGUAGCAUUGCAUAGUCAUCUACUGCAGCUAAAGCGGAAGCAGAUGCGACUGCUCGACAAAUUGGGACAGUUGGAGACAGAAAAAGUCGACCUCGAGAACACUCUCAUUGAUGAGGGUCACAGACAAGCAAAAGAUUGUCAAACUUCUUCUGAAGUAUCCCUGGAUAAAUUCCGAGUAUUUCUAGGAGGAAGUGUAAGUGGAUCAGACAACGAAGAGGAGGAAAGUGAUGAUGAUGUAGAUGCUGAUAACUUAUUUUUUGAUGCUAAAGAUUUUCUUUCUUCGAGUUCCACAAGAAGCACAGAUUCUGAUGAUGGAAGAUCAUCAUUUGAUUCUGCGGUCAUAGAGUUUCAGCCUUCUGAGGAUGGUCUUAGUUCUGGUACUAGAUUUGCCACAUCUGACUAUCCUUAUGUUAAGCGGAGAAAGAAAUUGCCAGAACCAUUUCAGAAGGAAAAGGGAGUAAGCCUUUGGUCAAUGAUCAAAGAUAACAUCGGCAAGGAUCUAACUAAAGUUUGUCUACCAGUGUUCUUCAAUGAGCCACUCUCGUCUUUGCAGAGAUGUUUUGAAGAUUUUGAAUACUCUUACCUUCUUGACCAAGCUUAUGCAUGGGGAAAAACGGGAAAUAGCAUUAUGAGGAUUCUUAGCGUUGCUGCAUUUGCUGCAUCUGGAUAUGCUUCGACCGAUGGAAGAAUUUACAAGCCAUUUAAUCCGUUACUAGGAGAGACAUAUGAAGCUGAUUACCCAGACAAGGGAGUACGUUUCAUCUCAGAAAAGGUUAGUCAUCACCCCAUGAUUCUUGCAUGCCACUGUGCUGGUCGAGGUUGGAAAUUUUGGGGAGAUACGAAUUUAAAAAGUAAAUUCUGGGGUCGAUCAAUUCAACUUGACCCUGUUGGUGUCCUUACCUUGGAGUUCGAUGAUGGUGAAGUUUUUCAGUGGAACAAGGUUACGACUUCCAUCUACAACAUCAUUAUAGGAAAACUCUAUUGUGACCAUUAUGGUACGAUGUAUAUACGAGGGAAUCGAGAUUACUCCUGCAAGCUAAAAUUUAAGGAGCAGUCUAUUGUGGAAAGGAAUCCUCACCAGGUACAUGGAGUCAUACAUGACAAGAGUGGAAAAAGAGCGGCAACAAUAUCUGGAAAAUGGGAUGAGAGUUUGCAUUACUCCAUGGGCGAUAGUUUGUCAGAAGAUAUAGGGCAAGAUUCUGAAUCGAAGUCACAUUUGCUUUGGAAGCGGAGCAAACCAUCAAAUUACCAAACAAAGUACAACUUUACGCGUUUUGCGAUCACCCUGAAUGAGAUCUCCCCUGAGCUUAAGCAAAAAUUGCCACCAACAGAUUCAAGGCUGAGACCUGAUCAAAGGUUUCUUGAAAAUGGAGAAUAUGACAUGGCUGAUUCAGAAAAGUUGCGGUUAGAACAGAGGCAACGUGAGGCAACAAAGAUGCAGGAAAGAGGCUGGAAACCAAGGUGGUUUGCAAAACCAAAAGGUAGUGAUACAUAUCAAUAUAAAGGAGGAUAUUGGGAAGCUAGAGAAACUGGUAAAUGGGAAUCAUGUCCAGAUAUUUUUGGUGAAAUAUCUCAAGAGAUUUGACUCCCUAUUUCUUUCUUAUGAACAUCUUCUUGGUCCUUAUUCUCAUUGUUUUAUGCACUGAACAAACAAAAUGGAAUUGGAACUGUACAUGAAAACUAAAACCACAAAAUGAGAGAGAAAGAAGAAAAAGCCCAUUUUCGCUUUCUUUUGGUCGUUUUCUUUCUCUCCAAAGUCUUUUUUUGUUUCCCAAUUCCAUACUCUGUCCCUUUUUAAUGACGAUGUUGUCGGGGCCAGCUUGCAUGCGCCUCGCUAAUGGGAAGAAAUUACCUAGUGUUUUUUGUCUAUACUUGGAUUUGAACCUACGACUAUGAUUCUCUUCCAGCUCAUUGACCACUAAGCGCAAAUCUUCCUCAAAUUCCCAAUGGAGUAUUGUUUGAUUCUAGGACUGGUAAAAGAUUACACAUUCACAAUAUGCAAAAAUAUGCAAUUCUUUUGAUUAUACAUACUUGACCAUUCUUAUUAGAAUUGUAUUGUACAACAAUCUCGAAUCAAUCUUGUCCAUUUUUGUAAUGGCAACAUUAGUUUAUUUAUCUAGUAGUUUUUAGCUCUUUCAUGUACAUUGUAGCUUAGUGAUGCCUAAAAAGAUCAGCAAUUUUCUCAUUA